AUGACGAACUAUGUCCGAAAGAGCACGAAAAGCCUGGUUGAGUUAGUGGAGUUAGUGGAAAGACAAGACUCCAUUGAUAGUCUAAUCAAAGAGAAGACUAAUCAGAUUGGAGCGGAUGAGAAUCCCCUUUUCAUUGGUGAUCUAGGAGAUAUUAUCAGAAAACACAAGAUUUGGCAAAAAAGUUUUCCGACGGUUGUACCAUUCUACGCAGUAAAAUGCAAUGAUUUUUAUCCCGUGGUGCGACUAAUGGCUGACAUGGGGCUGUCAUUUGAUUGUGCAAGCAAGAUUGAAAUACAGAAAAUUCUAGACCUUGCUGUUGAUCCCACCAGGAUAAUCUAUGCCAAUCCAUAUAAACAGUUAUCAUUUUUGAAAUAUGCCGCUGAUAAUGACGUAGCUAUGAUGAUAUUUGAUUGUGAUGAUGAACUAGAAAAGAUCAAAGAAGUGUAUCCUGCCGCAAAACUGGUGUUGCGAAUAUGUCCACAAUCAAACCACAAGGUUAAACAUCCAUUAAAAAGAAAGUUCGGAUGUCAUCCUUUAAAAGCAUCACAGCUUCUUAAAAAUGCAAAGGAUUUAAAAUUAAACGUUGUUGGUGUAAGUUUUCAUGUUGGAAGUGGUUGCCAAGAAGCCGCAGCUUAUCGAGCAGCUAUAGAGGAGUCAAGAUAUGUAUUUGACAUAGGACUUGCUAUGGGAUUUGAUAUGACUCUUUUGAACAUAGGUGGAGGUUUUCCCGGAAGAAAUGUCCAAAAUGAUAAAAACACUUUUAAAGAGAUAUCUACCGUAGUGAAUAAAUCCUUGGAAAAAUAUUUCAAUGGGAAUGACGUCAGAAUAAUAGCUGAACCUGGACAGUUUUACGUAUCCUCUGCUUUUACAAUAGCAACCAAUAUUAUAGCGAAGAAAAUUGUCGAUAAAGAAAUUGAAAAUAUAACACCUGAUGGUGAAUUGCACGAUUACACAGAUACACUUUGUAAACAAAUUAGAAUGUAUUAUGUCAAUGAUGGAAUUUAUGGAUGCUUUUUCGAUUGUCUUCUCUACCCUGGAUGGUUCGUUCCAUCACAUUUUAAGGACGACGACGAAAAAGUGUAUGACAGCACUAUAUGGGGACUGACUUGCGAUGCUGUUGAUUUGAUUAUUGAAAACAUCAAACUACCAGACUUAAAAAAGGGGAGAGUGGAUUUACUUCAAAAAUAUGGGAGCAUAUGCAUACCAAUGUGUAACAUCUUUCAAUAGCAUGCCCAAAGUCAAAGAAUAUUUCAUAUGUGAAAGAGUGUUAUGGGAGGAAAUCUAUCCACUAGAAUAAAGUCGACUAAUCAAGACUACACAAAAAGAAAGAUGAGCACAUUGGUUUAUGUCGAAUAUAUGAAACAUUCACAAUUUGUAAGAACUGAUCUUUAUCUUGCGAAAUAAGGUCACACAUGUCAUAUAUAUACGGAAAACUAUAAAUAUUUUUAAUUCAGGUAUUUUAUUGGACAGAAUGUAACGAAUUGAUAAUAUUGAUUUAAAUGAAUUAAGAUAAAU